AUGUGGUGUCGACGUUUAACUCAGAAGGCGACUGGAGUUUUACACAGAAGGAGCCUCAACUCACAGGCCGGUGUCCUCUUUGAUGUGGACGGUGUCCUCGUCCGUGGCGGUUCAUUGAUUCCUGCUGCUCGACGAGCCUUUAGGAAACUUCUGGACUCCAACAACAACUUCCUGUUUCCCGUCGUCUUUGUCACCAAUGCAGGAAGUUGUCAGAGGCAUCAGAAGGCAGACCAGCUGUCUCGCCUGCUGGAUGUCCAGAUCACUCCAGACCAGGUGGUACUUUCCUACAGUCCUUUACGAAUGCUGAGGAGUUUUCAUGAGAAGUGUGUACUGGUAUCAGGACAGGGACCGGUGACCGACAUCGCUAACUCUCUGGGUUUUCAGAAGGUGGUGACCAUUGAACAGCUGAGACAACAUCAUCCCCUGUUAGACAUGGUGGACCACAACAGGAGACCCUCACUGUCAUCGUCUCCUUUACACAGUCUUCCCAAAAUAGAAGCAAUCAUUCUGUUCGGGGAGCCAGUCAGAUGGGAGACCAACCUCCAGCUACUGGUGGAUGUCCUGUUAACCAAUGGGAGCCCUGGCUCUGCCUACCAGCCACAGCCAUCCGUCCAGCUGCCUGUGUUAGCCUGUAACAUGGACCUGAUGUGGAUGGCCGAGGCCCCGUCACCACGAUUUGGUCAUGGGAUGUUCCUGCUGUGUCUGGAGUCCAUCUAUAGGAAGCUGAUGGGACGUGACCUACAAUACCAAGGCCUGCUGGGAAAACCUGGUCUGCUGACAUAUCAGUAUGCAGAACAGCUACUAAGGAAACAGAACAACAACCACAAACUGAAGACCAUCUAUGCUGUGGGUGAUAACCUGAUGACAGACAUCUACGGCGCGAACCUGUACAACCGGUACUUGGCUCAGCAGCAUGUUACCAUGGUGACAUCCUCUCAGGUCAUUGCCCAGGGAUCAGGGACCGAGGCGGCAGUGGCGGUGCCAGAGGAGGAGCUGGCAUGUGUGGCGGCUGAGUGCCAUUCCAUACUGGUGUGCACAGGUGUGUACAACCCUCACGCAUCAUUGCCUAGCAACGAGAGCAGUAGCAUCACAGAGACGGUGUUCCACGGUCACAGAGACCUGGUCCUGGACCCGGACCUGGUGGAGCCAACUCAUGUGGUGGAGGAUGUGGAAGCUGCCGUGGACCUGAUGCUGCAAAAGGAGGUUGCUGACCUCUGACAGACCAGAGAUAUUCUGAUUAAAGUCACACCUUUACCUGAUCCACAAACCUAAUUUAUGUGACAUGGGAAAAUCCUAGUUCCUGUUAUUACUGAGCCCGUUUACAUGGACAUUAAUACUCGGAUCAUUAUCUGAUUUCUGGAGUAAUCCGAUUAUUAUUGAUCAAGGAAACAGUAUAAUCUGAUCUGUUUGAUCAGAUAACAGCAGUAAUCUGAUUAUAAUAAAUCAGAUUAACAUACCUGGAUUUGUCCCCAAUACUUCCAUGUCUUCCUGCAUGUAUACAGGUUAAUCUGAUUUAUUGAAUUGUGUUUCUUCCCCUCCUAUUUGGAUGCAAAGUUAAGAUCAUUUGUGUUAAUGGAUAUGAUGUUUUCAUAUGUCACAUGUUUGAAUAUUGUUCUGUGACAUGGUAUGUCAUGUGGGAUGUGACAAUUUAACAUCUAAUAAUUUAUUAAACACAACAUUUCAUGACUAUAUAUUCACUGUUAACAUUAGACAAUAUAUCUGCAUGUCUGUAUAUUUAUGGUUCAGUCUUUUAUGUAAAAACAGAAUCAAUCUGACCCAGAUCAACGUCUGUCAGACUGACUCUGAUUUUAACAUGAACUCCAGAGGAAGAACUUUAUCUCCAUGAAAAAACACGGCAAUAGAGGUAUUUGGUUUUUAACUCAAAAGUUACAGUCAUUGUUACUGCAAAGGAUACAAGUGGUCGUUGUUGGAACUAAAAACAUUGCCCUGAAAAUAACCAAUUUGACCUCAGUCAUUGAAUCACAGGUGUCCCUUUUUGCAGGGCAAAUAAAUAAAUACAUACAUACAUAUAUACUGUGCAAAAAUAUUAAACUUAUAAGCAAUGACUAAAAAAAAUUAAACCAAGCUUUGCUCUGUACAGUCCAGUCAUCUGACUGAAGUGACAUGAAUGUCAUCUGUUCUCUUUGUCAAUUCCACAAUAAAACCUGCUGCAUUUCUUUUUUUUUUGCAACUGAAAUUACUGAAUUAGAAAAUGAAAUACUCUCAUAUUAUUAAUUCAUGACAGUGAACUUAACAUGAAUGUGAAAUGUUCUGAUCUUUGACUCAUGAACAAUGAAUAUAAAAAACAAGACUGAAUACUUAAUAAAUGCAACAUUUACUGGAAAAAAAGUAGACUAAAGUAAGUUUUAUCAAGUGCUUCAUCUGUAUUUCCAUCCUUAGUUGAUAGUAUUUUAAACAAUAUCACUAUGUAACAACACUGACUAUAAAUGAAAACUCACCGAUUUCUGAAUUUGAUUUCCUUUAUUCUUGAAUAUUUGCAAG